AUGACUCCCCCCCACAAGACCAAUGGCGUGGGCGUCCAGGCCGGGGAUACUCAGAUCUGCGUGGUCAUGGUUGGCCUCCCAGCUCGAGGAAAGUCUUUGAUUGCGCAAAAAGCCCAACGCUACUUGAAAUGGCUCUCCAUCGAUGCGAUGGUCUUCAAUGUGGGCAAUUACAGACGCCAGGACUCCCCGCAGCCCGGAGCCGACUUCUUUGACCAGAGCAACGCGGAGGGUGAGCGGAUGCGCCGAGCGGCUGCCGAAGCUGCUGUGACGGACAUGCUGAAGUGGUUCGCAAAGGGAGGCGUCGUUGGGAUCCUCGAUGCUACGAACUCUACAAAGGCACGCAGACGCUGGGUCAAGGAACGAUGUGAUGCACAAGGCAUAGAGACUCUCUUCGUCGAGUCGCAGUGCGACGACGAGGACAUCAUCAUGAGCAACAUCCUCGAAGUCAAGACUACAUCCCCCGAUUACCAGGGUCAGGAUCCCGAGACGGCUGUCCAAGACUUUCGAAAGCGCAUUCGCAAUUACGAGAAGGUUUACCAGACCAUCGACGAGGAGGAGAACGAUUUGACCUACUUGAAGAUCAUGAAUGUUGGCAAGCAGGUCAUCAUCAAUCGGAUCCAGGACUAUUUGCAGAGUCGUGUGGUCUACUACCUCAUGAACCUGCACAUUAAGCCUCGAUCGAUCUGGCUGUCGCGUCAUGGGGAGUCGGAGUUCAACCUCGAGGGCAAGAUUGGUGGUGACGCAAACCUCUCUCCACGAGGGGAGAUGUAUGCUAGGAAACUCCCAGAGCUGGUUCGCCAGUCUGUCGGUGAUGAUCGUCCCCUUACCGUCUGGACCUCGACUCUCAAGCGCACCAUCGCAACCGCCCGCUUCCUCCCCGAAAACUACAACCAACUCCAAUGGAAGGCAUUGGAUGAACUCGACUCGGGAGUCUGCGACUGUCUCACUUAUCAGGAGAUCUCCGAGCUUUAUCCGGAGGAUUUCAAGGCUCGUGAUGAGGACAAGUACAACUACCGCUACCGAGGCGGGGAGUCAUACCGAGACGUCGUUAUCCGCCUGGAGCCGAUCAUCAUGGAACUGGAACGCUCGGAGAACAUCCUGAUCGUGACCCACCAGGCUGUCCUCCGCUGCAUCUACGCCUACUUCAUGAAGAAAUCCCAGGCCGACUCUCCCUGGAUGGCCGUUCCCCUUCACACCCUUAUCAAGCUGACCCCGAAAGCCUACGGAACCCUGGAGGAGAGAUACGAUGCGAAGAUCCCCGCGGUCAGCACCUGGAGAGGAAAGGGCAGUGUUGCGAAGCAUGAGGACCCUAACGCCACCACGGAUUCAAUUGGCAAGGCUGAUGGUGCUGUUUGA